AAAAUUUUAAUGAAUAUUAUAUUUUUUUUUAAUUUCAGAAUGUUGAUCAUAAAAUGAAAUUUCGCUCGAAGAAAGGACAAUUACCAUUUGUUGAAUUGAAUGGUACUGAAAUUGCUGACAGUGCAAUUAUACUCAAAGAAUUGAGUCAAAAAUUUAAAAAAGAUUUAGAUGUUAAUCUAACAAAUGAACAACGUAUUAUAUCACAUGCAAUGAUAUCAAUGAUUGAAAAUCAUCUUGUUUGGGUUAAUUGUUGGUGGCGUAGUAAGAAUACAGAUCUUGUAUUAAAAGGUUACAAAAUUAAUUUACAACAUGCUGUUGGUUCAAUAUUUCCAAAUGGAAUAUUAAACUUUUUCUUUAAAUUUUCAUAUGCAAGAAAGGGUGCAAAGAAAUUAAAAGCUCAAGGAAUGGGUGUUCAUACUGCUGAAGAAAUUGAACAAUUUGGUUGUGAUGAUUUAAAAGCACUUUGUGACCUUUUAGCUGACAAGCCAUUCUUCUUUGGUGAUGAACCAACAACUUUGGAUGUUGUUGCAUUUUCACUAUUGGCACAAAUAUUGUACAUUGAAAAAUCAACUCCAUAUUCAUUGAGAGACUAUAUGGAAACAAAUUGUCCAAAUUUAGUUGGUCAUUGUUCACGUAUGAAGGAAAGAUGUUUUCCAGAUUGGGAAGAAAUGUGCAAUACACUUGACAUGAAUACUCAUUUACCAAAACCACCAAAAGAAGAAGAAAAAGAAAGUAAAGAAGAUAAAAAAGAAACAAAAGAAUCAAAAGAAGGUAAGGAAGGUAAAGAAGGUGAUAAAGAAAAAGCUGAUGGAGAAGAAAAAGAAGGUGAAAAAGAUAAAGAAGUUGAUGAAAAUAAAGAAAAAGAAAAAAAUACAAAUUAAUAAAUCUUACAAUUAAACAAACUGCUAUUAAAAAAAAUCAUUUAAAAUGAUUAAUAAUAAAAAAAAAGUAUGACAACUGAAAUGAAAAUACCGAUGAUAAUUUUUAAAUCAUUUUUUUUUUUUUUUUACUAUCAAUAAAUGCAUGGAAUGAAAAGAUAAAUGAAUGACUAUAAAUAAAUAAGUCAAAUGCUAAAUUGCAUCAUACGAUUAAAACGUAGAAAAUUUAUAUAAGAAAAGAAAAAAAAAAAAAAUGAAACGAAGAGUCUGGAAGAAUUUACGAGCUAUUAUUUGUCUUAUAUAUUAUUUUUCUUGUGUAUUUUCUUUCUUUUAAAUAUAUAGUACUGAUAUAUAUUCUUUUUUUUAUAAUUUUAUAUGAAUUUAUUAUUAAAUCGUUUUUUUUUUUUUUAAUAUACAAAAAAUGUAAAGUUAUAUUAUGUUUUUAAGAAAAUCUUCCGACUCGAAUUUAAUUUUACUAUGCUACUAUUUAAAAGGCACUGCCAAUAUGACAUUUUUUUUAUGCAAUAUCUAUAUAAAUGAUAUAUUUCAUAAAAUAAAUUCACGUGGUACAUUAAAAAAAAAAGUGUAAAAAAAAAAAUAAAAUUCAUUUUCAAUUUUAAAUUAAAAGAAAAACUUUCCGUAAAUUUUUUAAUAAUUAAUUUAAAAAUAUUAACAGUUUAUUUGUCGAUGAAAAAAAAAAAAAAUACGAAACUCAUAUAAUAGAAUUGUUAUUAAUUAAAAUAAAUAAGUAGUCAUUAACUAGAGCUCUCAUGGCCAUAAUUGUCCAGUAAUUUUACAUUGGCUUUUUGUGGUAACUGUUUUAAUAUAUAUAUGGCCCAAUAUGUAUGCAAAAAUUGACCAAUGAAGCAGCUCAAAAAAAUAAAUAAAA